CACUGACUGACUGUUGUUGGUAAACAAAACUGAACUUCACUUUUCGGCGGUUUAUCUUUUUUCGCAACACCGGUUGUUCAUUUUGGUCAUUUUGUGCUGUGAUUUAGUUAUUUUUAGUGCGAUUAAGUUUCCAUUGCUGCUGUUCUUCUAAAUUUUGAUGAAACUGAAUAAUGGCGGAUAUGUUCAGUAACAAUUUGGACAAAAUUUUCGAAAGCAUCAGCAACACAGUCAAACUUGCCAAAGAGUAUGGCACUGCGGAACACAAGAAUAUUAAGACUUACAGUGCACUUGCCGAAAAAUUAGUGGCUAUCGAGCAAAAGUUCAAUGGCCACAACAAAGCCCUGCAGGCGGCGUCGAACGAAGUUUCACUGGAAGAAUUUGACCGGCGCUAUCAAUCUAGCCUGCCGGCCGGCAAGAGCAACGUGAAGCAACUGAAACGCUACAAAGAAUUCAUCGCCCAUACCGCUUCGAUUCUGGACGUCGAUGGCCUUCCGGGUGGUCCAAGUGUCCACUCGGAGGACGAGGAAAUGCAAAUGGAGGAAGCGAUCCAGGACAUGGAUCCGAUCACGAAGCGACCGUUGGAGGUUCCGGUGCGUAACAAACUGUGCAAACACGUCUACGAGAAGAGCUCCAUUGAGCAGCUCAUAAGGACAAAUCCGCGAACGCGUUGCCCUGUGAUGGGGUGUGCGGCGAUGCAGUACGUGACCCUGGCGGAUCUCCAAGAGGAUGAAAAGCUCCGGCAGGCGCUGAUGCUACAACGACAACGGGAGUAUUUGUAAGAAUUGUACGAGGUGUAUUUAAAUAAGGUUACAUUCUUGUUCCCACCUUACAUAAUCUUUUGAAAUCGACAAACGUUAAAAUAAUUGCAA